AAACCCAUUUUGUCUCCGACCCUUCAGUUUGCCUUUCCCUUAUUCUAACACAUAACUUUUUCUUUCUGCUAUGUUUGCCUAGUGCUUCUGUGACGUGGAUUUUACUUCAACCUAGAAUCGAUUCUCAUGCCAUGCCGUACCGCUGUUUUAAAACUCGAGCAAAGUGCACAGCAUUAUAUAUAAAUAAUACUUUGGUAACAAUAAUUUUUGAACAAAGAGAAGAAGAAGGUUAAAUAUUGGUUUCUUUUAAUCAGAGGCAUGGUAUGCAUUUUAGAGAAAAGAGAAGAUGCAAAGAAGAACAGAAGGAGAAGAAGAAGUAGUCUCAAGGGGUUCUAAGUGCCAAGACUGUGGGAAUCAAGCCAAGAAGGAAUGUUCAUAUUCAAGAUGCAGAACUUGUUGCAAGAACAAAGGCUUUCAGUGCCAAACCCAUAUCAAGAGUACAUGGACUCCUGUCGAUAGGAGGCGCACCAAGGACAACUUUCACCCACAUAAUCUUCCUCAAAACCACAACCAGAUCAAUCCAUAUUCAGUUUCAGGUUUAGAGAUGAAAUUUCCUUGUGCUACGAGUUCGAUGGCUAUGUUUCGGUGCGUUCAGGUUCGGUCUGUGGAUGAUGCGGUUAACGAAAUAGCGUAUCAAACAUCUGUGAACAUCGGUGGGCAUGUAUUCAGUGGAAUACUAUAUGAUCAAGGCCCUGAACAAAGCUAUAACAUUAACAAGGGUGAGAGUUCCACUGCUCUUGUUGAUGAACACCAGAAUGCUUCAAUCCACAGUAGAGAUAGCAGUGGUGUAACUAUAGCUUCUGCCGGUCACGCUGACCCUCUUUUUCCUCCACCACCGUAUCCCUUUCCGCUUGCUUCCUUCAGACCCGGUAUGCCAUAUUUCACAUACCCAAGAUCUUGAUUGCUUUCUUUCGGGAUCAUCAACAGCAUGGAUAUGAUCGCAAUGCAUGGAAUUGAAGGAGAAAAAAUGAAACUGAUUGAGAUCUGUGUGUUGUAUACCCUCCUAGAAAAAACAAAAUACAUACUUGUUCUUUUGUGGUUGAAAAAUCGAGGACUUAUAGUUUUGAUGUGUAAUUUAGCAUGUGGGCGCCGCUAAGUUUGGCAGUUUUGUCUUCUUGUUUUGCUGCUAUCAUUCACUUUUUAGAUUUUUGCUAAUAUAAUGUUUAGUUCAUCAACUCC